AUGCUCUCGCUUGUGGUGGCUUCGCUCCUUGUAGCUGGGGCUUCAGCGAGCUACUUGCCGGUGCCGUUGAAUACCUUCGCCGCUGCCGAGCGGUACUGCCAAUCCUAUGGAGGGCAUCUGGCCUCUAUCCACAGUGGAUUUGACAACCAGGGCGUUACUUCCUUCGUGAAUCAACAGGGCUAUCCGGCGGCUUUUAUUGGGUUGCAGCGACAGCCGAGUGGACUGUGGACAUAUACCGAUGGGACUACCGAUAAUUAUGUUAAUUGGGCUCUAAACAAUCCUACUAACGAAAACUGUGUCACGGUCGGCACUGACGGCUUCUGGUAUUCGGUCGGCUGUGAUGAUAUUGAGACCGCUGUUUGCUACAUCGCGGAUAUUCCCACCAUUCCUACCCUGCCUACGAUGGUGCCAACAAGAGGCCCACCCACUUACCAAUGCCCGCCCGGCUGGAGCUACUUUGCGACUAGUGGAGCGUGUUAUUGGGUCGGCUCUAGCAAUACGGUAGACGCGGCCCGAACCACGUGCACCCAGAUGGGGGCCGACCUGACGUCGAUCCACAGCGCCGAGGAGAAUGGAUUCGUUUUGGGUCUGGCCUUCCGCUACACUCAAACCUGCACCCAGGCCAGCCCCUGGUACUACUCGGUCUGGACUGGAGGUAUUGUCGCUAAUGGAUACAACUAUUGGUCUGAUGGAACCCCAUUCACCUACGCUAAUUUCUACGGCCAUGGCGAUCCGGUGAACGGAGCGAUUUAUCUGGUUACCGAAAGCGGAUGUUCCGAUUUCUCCCUCUGGCGCGUGACCGGCUCGAAGACGGCGUCACUGACGAACUUCGUCUGCAAGAACGCAGUUGCUAAAUACCUGCCGAUCCCGAAAAGCAAUUUCAACGCCGCCGAAGCUGUUUGCCAAGCAAAUGGAGGGCAUUUGGCUUCGGUUCACAACGCUUUUGACAACAAGGCCGUUACGGCAUUUGUGGUUCAACAGGGAUAUUCAGCCGCUUUUAUUGGGUUGCAACGGCAGCCGAGUGGAAAAUGGCUAUAUUCUGAUGGCUCUGCCGGCAAUUAUUUUAAUUGGGCAAUCUUCAACCCAAAUACUGACAACUGCGUAACGGUCGGCUCGGACGGGUACUGCUUGGCAAUGACUAAACCAGCUACCCCAAAAAGGAACUCCGAAAAGGAGCAGCCGCUCAAGAAAGCUGCCCCGAAAAUUAGCAAGCAACCCGACGACUCCAAGCAGUUGAUCAGCGUCAAAGGAGUGUUGAUUUCGCUCGUAUUUUCGUUUGUAUUCGCCUGUGCCGGAACGUACUUAUUCGCCAAGCCGCUGAUCGAACCCGUCGGUUAUAGCCUUCCUCCCGCCCCUCCAUUUGAAGGCGCCCUGAAGCAAAAUGAGGUUCUCGCCAGAGCGGAGAGGCUGCUGCUCGACCAGAUCUACGGCCCCGAAUCUCUGGCCAUUCACCCGGUUUCGGGCCGGCUUUGGGCCAGCAUGAAAACUGGGCUGAUUUGUGAGAUUGCGUUGGAUGGGGAUACGCCCGAAAUCAAGCGUGCGGUUUCCCUAACGAAUUUCACUGAUUGCGAUGGGUCAUAUACCACGGCUUCUCGCUGCGGCCGCCCCCUCGGACUACGCAUCACUCCAAAGGGCGAACUGCUCGUAGCCGAUGCUUAUCUGGGGCUCUUUUUGAUCGAUUUGGAUCGAGAAAAGGUAUCGAACCUAUUCGCUAGUGGCUCCGAGGUCAACAACGACUUGAAAAAUCCGACCCGCUACCUCAACGACUUGGACGUGCUUCCGGAUGGAAGGAUCGUGAUGUCAGAAAGCAGCCACCGCUUCGACGAUCGCGACUUCUUACUCGAUCUGUUUGAGCAUCGGCCGAAUGGAAGAAUUCUCACCUUCAAGCCAGCAACCGGAGAGCUGAAGGCCCUUGCUAAAAACCUAUAUUUCCCUAAUGGGAUUCAAGUCUAUGGUAAUGAUGUUAUUUACUCGGAGAUGGGCAUGGCCCGGAUACAGAGAAUCAACUACAAGACACUGGAGACCGAAACCAUAGUCGACAAUCUGCCCGGAUACCCUGAUAACCUCCGAAUGGACAAACUUGGGCAGCUUCUCGUCCCAAUCCCUACCAUCCGCGACUCGUUUGACGCCUGGCUAGCCGAGCGCCCCGGAUUGAGAGCUUUUAUCACCACGGUACUCUCCCCUCGGGCGCUGGCCUUCGUCGCCGAGUACUUCACUACACCGUACGGUCUCGUACUACGCGUCGAUCCUCUCACCGGUCGAAUUAUCGAGUCUUACCAUGAUCCGAAGGGCGAGACGAUGCCCUCCAUCUCGAUGGCUCUUGAGACGACGGACGGCAGACUUUAUCUUGGUUCGGACACGAAUUAUUUCCUGGGAAGACUGGAGAACAAGUAUCUCUUCAAGAAGAACUUGUUU